AUGUGCUCAGUGCAGCAAAGUGUGCCUGUCGUGGCACCCGACCCAUGUCAAAAGGCGCCCCAUCCGCAGUGGGACACCAAGGCUUGGGAUGCUUGGAAGGAACUUGACAUUCCGCAGCCAGGCAGCGUGCUCGCUGUGCCAGAAGGUGGGAAUCGCUCAGGUGACCUCCCAGCCGAAACAGCUGCUGCACACAAUGUACUUGGUCUGGCCAUCUUGGCACCCGGAUAUCAGCCUCAUCACUGCCAACUCUCUUUGAAGGAAGGUGACGAUGCUGACGAUGUCCUUGCCCAUGCCGUCACUGCGGCUACGACGGCAUUUCAUGAAACUUUCCACUUGAUCACCCCCGCAACCCCACAGGUCUUCGAUGACUAUGCCAUGGUAGUGGCCUCCAGCCCCUGCAUUGUCAGUGCUGGCCUGAGGGUGGUGAUCUUGGAUCUGCUCCGUUGUGACGGCAAUCGUUUUGCCGUUGCGCUCCCCAGCCGGCUCAACUUUGCAGAUCUGCUGGCCUAUGUGCGACCUCUUCUGUCCAAUGCCAUUGAAGAUGUUGAUGUGCACCUUGGCUGUUCUGACGGACCACACCCGCCAGACAUGCAGUGCCACUUCGUUGAUGGCAUGGUUGUCAGCUUUGUGCCGACAGGUGUUGCGAGGACGCCCAGGCCGUCCUUCGAGCAACUACUGGCCAAUCCCGGGCUUUGGGGCCCUGCAGCACAAUACCCCAGAGCCUACCUUAAAACCGGCAUUUGUCUUUUGCAUGCGCAACACCGCUACUUCAUUAACCGACGUGCUUAUCCGGGUCAGGCGCCGGGUGAAGUGGCUGCACAGUGCAUCGGACUUCCUGAGGACGCCUUUCAGCUUAAGGUCGCCACACCUCCUGCCUUUGACAACCUUGCAGUUCAUGGUAAUCCGUGCAAAGGUCUUGCGUGUGCUACCUUAGCUCCCCCACCUGCUUCUCAUGAAGGGCAAGCACGCGGGGAUAAUGUGGUUUUCCUUGACACUAGGCCCCUAGGACUCCGCCCAUCCUGCCACUAUCAGCUUGGGAAUACGAGGCACAUUCCCACUGUGCUCUGUGACCUCAACAUUUUCCCACCUGCCGGGCUUUCUAUCAGAAUUGAUAAUCGGCCCUUGCGUGAAAGCUUUGUCUCCUCCGCUUCAGGAGAUACACUUGUCUUGGCUGCCUAUCCCGAAGUAGAUGUGGAUUUUCAGGAAGACCAUGACGAGCAUCCGAGCCCCCCGCCCUCUGAGAACGGAUCAGCCGCAGGCCAUGAUGAUCACAGCUCCUUGCAUGACAGCUCAGCUGAAGACGCAUCUUCCAGCGGCGAUAGCUUCCUGGGCAGGCCCCGUAGCAGAUCACCCAGGAGAUAUGGCGGCGCGGGAUGUACAACUAAGCUUUCCUGCCACGACGGCUACCCUUUUCCCAUCCACAUGAGCGCGAAGCAUGCUCCAAUUGCUGGAGAGGCCUUUGGACGCCACCUGGGAACCGCCAAUUUGGACUUAGGUGAUUUUCGGUUCCUCCCUUUCAGCAAGCCUUUUCAUUGGCAGGCUACUUUGGGGACUGCAAGACUCACUCAAGAGCCAGAUAUUCUUGUACGCUUUGUAGUGUGCUAUGUCUGGGCAAUCGAGUGCCUCAUUGAGGCUCUUGUAUGUUUCCACCUUGUCCUGACGGUUGUGCAAGGCGUAGGGGCUCCACGAGCUUGCAAGGGACAUGAUGGGCCUGGGACUUCCGCGACGCCUGCUGCGCGGGAAGCGCAUCAGGAAGCGCGCCUCUACGCUCCUCCAGGAGCUUAUAGAGAUGCAUACCAACGCGAGCCGCCUGACUUCGAAGCCCAACCCGCAAUUGGUCAGGCAGUCAUCCCCCCGGUUUUUAGGCCGUGGCACUUCCUCAUACUCACACCUGAGUAUGCUGCGGAGGAAGUUGCUAUCACCUUGCAUGUUCCUUGCCCUCUGAGUACAGCCGUUGCGGCUAUUGCUGAGGCAAGGGAUGUUGAGAGACAAAGUUGGCAUUCGCUCUUGAUACCAGUAGAGCCACAACCAGAAGAUGACUUCGGCACUCUUCUCGCCAUGCCGGGAUGGGCCGAGGACUAUAAUGUGGUUUGCAUAGAUGCCCGGCUCUGCAAUGGCCGAAUUUUCAGCCUACUGCUGCCUGAGUACCUCAAGAGAGAGUCCCUCUUGAUUGCGGCUGGCCUUGACCAUUUCGCCGACACUGCCGUGUAUGUUGGUGACUCAUGGGUCCAGCUCGGCAGAGAACAAUUUGGACAUCUGUACUGUGGAGUCCUGAUUACCUUUGCUCCCCAGAUUGCUUUGUACCGACCGGGCCUUCACCUGCAACAGAUGUUGCUUCGGACCGAUACCUGGACGGAGGCUCCAGCCAUGCCCGAGCAUCCACCGGGACGAGCCAUCUGGGUACUCACUGAUGCAAUGCCGGUCUGCUUUGAUGCCUCCAACAGCAAUCGCGCCAAUUUCCGCAGUGAACUGGCGCUUCGCUUGCUCAGCUCUGCGGACCGAAUCGCGAUUCAGCCAGCCGUGCCCAUGCUUCAGGACUACGCUUGCCGUGGACAUCCCUGCGACCGACUCAUUGUUGCCACCGAGAGGAUACAGCUCCUGACUGUGCCUCCGUACCGGAGGACCUCGCGCAAGACCAUCUUUUUCCUUGAUAAAAGGCCUAUCCUUCAAGGAGUAGUUUGGGGUUUGGUUGACGGGGGCCGCAUACCUGCAAGUUCCUUACUCGACAUGAUAUCCGAGCCUAUUCCCCCCCGCUGCCGCAUCGCCUUUACGGGAGGUACUAUGGAGAGGGGCUGGGACCAGACAUGGAUGCAUGUUCAGGCCGGACAGGUGCUCACUGCGCAUUUUGUUGCUGAGGAGGACAGCAGUCCACCACCAAGUGAACAUUGGGAAGCUGAGCUUCCGCGCUCUCCCCCGCCGGAGCCAGACCGUCGUGACCCGGACGACAGCGACUCCGACGAUGUGCCCAUGGAUGAGGACGUGCCUAGUGCGACCCUGCCUUCAGGCUUCACCACUCCCCCUGUGACUAGAGCCGGACAUAGCCCGCGCACCAGGCAUUUUGGCACUAAAGACUUGCAGUGGCCCUCUACGCCUGGGGUUGUGCUCCGAAAGAUUGUGGACACCUAUGCAAUCGUCGCUUUGGCUUUUGCUUUUUGCCUGGGCUGCGUCAUGUGGAUGUGGGGUUCUAUGCUACACGCCCUUACUUCGGGCCACCCCGCGGACACCUCUGUUGCUUGCCUGGCAGCUACCAACCAUGAGGGUGGACACUUUUCUGCACGCCAUCCAUUGGCCUUGACUCCGUCUCCUUGCACCCCGCAACACAUCUUGACAGCCCUUUGUCUCCUGGCUCUAGGGCAUUUCCGCCGAAGCCUCUCACCUGCUGAGAUUUGUGUGUGGUGUGUCCUCUGCACUCUUUGGGGACACAGCCAGCCAGGUGCCGCUGUGCAAAUCCGUGCAGAGGGGCCCUUACUCGGUGUCCACCUUGCCCAGCUCGAGCGAGGACCCUCUGGGGGCAACAAAGCACAUCGCACGAUCCCUACGCCGUGUCGAGCCCGAACCCCUUUCGGAGCAGUACCUGGAUUUACGGAGGCAGAGGAUAGCUCCGAUGAUGAAGAUUGGGGUUUAGUUUGGGAUUGCCUGGGGAAGUCAUGCCCUACUGUGUGCACCUCGGUUGCUUGGGCCAGGCUGCGACAGCCUACUUUGUUGGAACAAGCUGGACAUGACACAGCCUGCCCAGCUUUUGCUUUGGCAACAGCCACGCUGGAAGUGCUCUUCGAGGCCUUCCCUUUGCCACUCGCCUCGAAGACCGUGAGGCCAGCAAUUUGCCUGCAUGAUGCUCUCCCACAGGUGCCAGCUCAAAAUCCAAGGCAUACUGUUGGGGAUGUACACUUUGGCGGCACACCUCUUGGCUUCACUUGGCCACAGCUCCUGCAGCUUGACAGCCUCUCUGUCACCUUGACUCCUUGGGCAGAGAUCAUCAGCCGCCCUGCUUUCCAGAACAUCCCCACCUUGCACUCCCAAGCAUUAGGAACCAUUCAGACGUUAAGCCAGGAUGGAUAUGAAGGAAUCCUGUGCUUUACUGAUGGAUGGGCAUGCAUUUUUGUCGACUUAGACCAUGGAGCUAUCGGGGCAGGCCAAGGCCAUGUUCCACUGUGGGCCCUAGGCAGUGAUGAAACGCUCUCGGCGUACACAGCUGAAUGCUUCGCCCUUGCAGUUGCAGCCCUUGGUGCCAAAGCUGGCUUCUCCUCUUGUGCUGUAACGUACCUUUCGGACUGCACCUCAGCCUUGCGAGGAGCAGAAGGACGCUUUGCAUGCAAGCGUGGGGGCUGCGCACAGGCCAUGUGCCAUGCCUUUGAUUUUCGCCGAGGUCUGAGUUUCCCCAAAGAUCGUUAUGAUUAUGUACCAGGGCAUAAGGGUCACCUGUUCAAUGAGCUUGCGGAUGGGCUAGCGAAAGAAGGAGCCCACAUGCCCCAGGUCGCAACCUGUCUGGGGCUGCUACCGGAUGCCCUUCAUUUCUGGCUCUCCGCAGGAGCUGGACACUUGCCAUGGGCCACUCUUGCACUCCAGCAGCUACGCUGUGAUGCGACCCUGCCAAAGGCAGGUGCAACAACACUAGGCCACGACAUGUGGCAUUUGGGCCUUAGCCAUGAACAAAUGCUCAAACCGUUUCUGCCAGCCGAUCUUGACUGUACUCACGCCACCCCUUCGCCCGACAUGCAAAGCUCCGACCUUCGGCUUCGCAUAGCAUCCUUCAACACCCUAAGCUUAGGUGCCUGUCUUGAAGACGACGAGGGUAGAGGUUCGGGCGAACAAGGCCUGCACCAGAGGCCUGCCCGGGCAGCCUUGUUGGCGAAACAACUUGUUGACUGUGACAUAUCCGUAGCAGCACUGCAGGAAACCCGGUGCCCUCAGGGUUCAUCCAAGAUUGGAGGCUACCUGCGCUUCUCUUCUGGAGCACCCAAAGGCCAACACGGUACGGAACUGUGGUUCCGUGAGGGACACCUUGUGCUGACUGCCCGCGACGGCAAUACCACCUCCGCUGUCUUUGCUGAGCAGCAUUUUGUUGUCUGUCAUGCCGACCCGCGGCGCAUUGUUGCCAGAUACGUCUUCGGCAAACUAGCUCUGCUCUUCUGCUCGCUCCAUGCACCACAUCGAGCGACAGAGCGACAACUGAUCGCUGAUUGGUGGCAAGAAACCUCCAGGCUAAUCGCAAAAUUCCGGCGCCAGGAUCCUGUGAUUAUCGCAGGCGAUCUCAACUGCUCUGUAGGUAGCGUGCCUUCCGAACAUGUCUCCUCAGUUUUUGCUGAAGAAGAGGAUGCCCCUGGAGCGCAGUUGCAUGACCUGCUCCGAGCAUGUCAGUGCUGGCUGCCUUGCACCUUUGACAACUGCCAGAUAGGCCCGGCUGCCACGUUCCACCAGAAGCGGAAUGGCAAACCAUGCCGCCCAGACCUGGUUGCCGUGCCACAGACCUGGCAGAGUGGAUGCUGUCAAGCGUGGACGGAUCCAGGCAUACAGGUUGCUUCAACAUGCAUUGACCACACCGCCACGAUUCUCAACUGUGCAGUGCGGAUGUGCAUGCCGCUUGGAAAGAAGCUGCCCCGCCGCGUGCGACUCCCACCACAGAUGUUUGCAGAUCCCGCCCUCAAGGAGGACAUUAGUGAUCUUUUACGGUCAACACCUCAGGUGCCUUGGAAGGCAUCUGUGCAUGCCCAUGCCGCUGUGGUCGUCGACCAUCUGCAACAGGGGUUGGCCAAGUUGGUGCCUACACGGCCAGCCAAGCCACACCAUGUCUAUCUGCAGGACAGCACAUGGACCCUGCAACAGCGCGUGACGAGCCUCAAGCGAGGACUCAGCCGGCUGCAAGAGCAAACCAAGUGGAACACCAUGGCCUUCAUCUUCGCACGAUGGCGUGAGCAACCCUUGAGCUCCGCUGCCACUCCGUGGUCCGGGGCUUGGGCCGAUAAGGCUAUGACUUCUGCCAUUCUCCACUACUAUCACAUCCGGAUUGGGAGCAAGCAACUCCGCAUCGCUUGCAAGCAAGACCGUGCGCUGUAUACUGCUCGACUAGCCGAACAACUGGCCACGGGACCCAACACUGAGGUGCAUGAUGCGCUGCAUAAGCUUCUGCGGCACAAACGUAAGAAGCCCUAUGCGCCAGAGCCUCUCCCUCAGGUUCGAGAUGCCCAGGGCAAUCUUUGCGAGGAUGCAGAUGCGGCUUUGCAGAGAUGGCGAGAAUACUUCGCCUCAAUGGAAGCAGGCUCCGCUAUGACUCCAAGAGAGCUUGGACCCAAGUUCGACGUCAGCCCACCGGCAUGGCCAGAGCCACAGAACACCAGCGAGCUACCCACUAAGCCAGACCUGAUACGCCUUAUGCUCUCUGCAAAGUGUGGCAAGGCGGCAGGCAUGGAUGGCCUUCCCAACGAGUUCUUGCGAAGCUUUGCGCCACAUUGUGCGGAGGUGCUUUACCCGCUCCUCUUAAAACUCAUCUUCCGAGGCCAGGAGGCCAUGGGCCUCAAAGGUGGCAUGGCCGUUUGGUUUCAUAAGGGGCGUGGUGCGAAAGACACCUGCGAGUCUUUCAGGCAAAUCAUACUCCUGCCAUGCUUUGCCAAGAUCUUGCAUCAAGCAGUCAGGCCUGCGAUCCGGGACUUGUAUGUCCAAGGCACUCCUUCCUUACAACUAGGAGGCAAACCCGGCCAGGCCGUGUGCUUCGGAGCCCAUUUGGUCAGGUCCUUCCUCAGACGAUGCCUUCGCCGCAAAGAGAGCUGUUUUGUACUGUUCUCAGACAUUGCAUCUGCCUUUUACGCCGUGGUGAGGCAGCUUGUUGCGGCUCCUUGCCAUACUGGGCCUGGCACUGCGCCACUGCCAGAUGAGAUCUGUCAAGGCUUGGGACUUUCCUCUGAGGAGAUUGCUGCUCUAAAGGCACACGUGCAGGGCCGCACCGGCCUCUCCCAAGCAGGGGCAUCUGACUGGCUGGAAUCCAUGGCACAGCAGCUGUCAGACAGGUCUUGGUUCGUCCUUCGGGGCGACUCGAAGGUUGUUUUGACGGCCCGGGGCACGCGACCUGGGUCGUCGUGGGCAGAUAUCUUGUUUGGCAUGGUGAUCGGCAGAGUUCUGAAGGAGCGUGACACAAUGGAGGGAUUGGGCGCUACCUCAGCCACGACGAUCCCUAGCCUUCCCUGGGACGGUCAAAAGACACUCAACGAGUGCGCCGACCACCACCCUCAGAUCUCGAUCGGCGACCUGAUCUGGGCUGACGACACAGCCACAUUGCGGAUCGCCCGCUCCACUCCACGACUGGAUGCUGGCAUAGCCUCGUGUGUAGGCAGCCUUUGUGACGCUUUUGCCAACUUUGGCUUCCGGAUGUCAUUCGGACCGAACAAGACGGCGAUCCUCGCGCAAGCUGCCGGUCCAGGAUCUCGCAAGGCGCGCCACACCCUCUUCGGACCUACAGGGCACAACGGCUCUGUUUCCGCUUUGAGGGAAACUUCAAUGCCUGUGAAAGUUCCGCUUGUGGCUGCCUACAAGCAUUUGGGUGUCCUUCAGUCUGUGAGAGGCAGCCUCCUUGCAGAAAUCAAGUAUAGAGCUGCCCAAUCUUGGGCGGCCUUUUCUGAAGGCCGACACAAGGUCUACAAGGCGAAGGGCGUUCCAAUCAGCAGGCGUGCCUUCAUUCUCAAAUCUUCGGUACUGCCGAAAUUACUGUACGGCAGCGGCUCCUGGCCGCCGCUACUGAAGCAAGAACUUCAGGCGCUAAGUGGCACACUUUGGGCCAUGUAUCGUGCCAUUUGUGGGAUUCCGGCAUCCUCUGACCAGCACUUCCAUACCUCCACGAUCCUUGUGUUGACAGGCUUGCCUGGCCCACAAGUGCAGCUGCAUGUCCAACGGCUCCUAUAUCUCCGCAUGCUGAUAAAAUCCGGGCCGGACGAGUUGUGGGCAUCGAUCCGAUCCGAUCCCGGAUACCUUACUGCAAUGCGGGAGGCUUUGGAGUGGAUGUAUGCUUGGACAUUUCGCACCUGUCCGCUCCAGCAUCCCAUCAGUCAUUGGGAAGACUGGUGCAACUUUGCAUGUGCUCACCCGGGGCGUUACAAGGGGUUGCUCCUUCGUGCCCAAGGGUUAGAGUGCUGUAGGCAGCAAGUUGUGGCUUCUCUGGAAGGCCUCUAUAAGGCCUUGAAAGGACUUGCACCUCCUCAGGCACCCAGUAUCUGCAUGGCAUCUGCAUUUCCUGAGGCGUGUAUACCAUGUGGCAAGCUCUUCACGUCAAGAGUCGCCUGGUCUGGGCAUGCAGCCCGGAUGCACGGAUAUCGAUCCAAAGCUUUUCUUUUGGGACGUUCGCCUCUUUGCUACGCAUGCGGCAAGACCUAUGGCACGGUUGGGCGUCUGAGGCGGCACCUCCUCUCAAGUGGACGCUGCAUUGCUGGAUGGGGCCGGUUUACACCGUCUCAAGGUGAUGCCGCUGCUUCUGUUGCCACUCAUCCUUUGCUGCCGCCCAUUCCGAUCCCAGGUACUUUCGGCUCCUCUCUGGACCCGGACCCCUCGCCUGCCUAUUCCGAGGCUCUCCUGGCCAUUCUUCAAGACCUCCCUGAGGUUGACGAAUCUGUCGUCUGGGAAGCUGUUGCUGAUUUCAUUGAGCCCUUGGAGAUCCUUCGUGCGACUGUUCGCCACUGGGCAGACUCCCGCCCGCACGAUAGCUGGGUGACCCAGUCUGCCGAGAAUGUGCUGCUUCUGCUAGACCCUGAGCUCAUUGGUGAGCCAGAUACAGCCGCCCGCGCCAAGGCCGACCGACAUGCCUUUGCUAUGGGGUCCCAACCGGAUUGGGCUCCGCUACCAAGCUUCAGCCUACCGGCUUGCGCAGAGGGCCCUUGCUUUGAUUUGCAGCCACCACCGCCCGUCGUCCUGUCUCCCUUUGGGCCGACCAGCACCAGCCUUCGACUUGGGCAAGCGUACAGCUCGUGGCUUGAGCAAGCUUGUACAGUGAUUGCUCAGGGUCUCGAGAUUGCCACGAAGGAGGGCUGCACACUUCAGAUUCGAUGUUCCAAUUUCGACCGCAGUCUAGGGCCGGCCAAAGAUUGGCUGACAGCGGCAGGCUUCUCGUUUUGCCGGCUGGGACUAAGGUCUUCCCCCACUGUUUCACCUGAAUUCACGUGCUAG